AUGUCUCAGCAUGUUGCGCCUUUCUUUACCGUAAACCUGAGCUGCGAAGUCUUAUUUAUUAUCCAUGCUCGCCUUCAGGAUCAAAACAUUGGAAUAAAACGAAUAGAAUUGAUUAUGCACGAUAUUGUGUCAAGCAUCUUCAAUGAUGCCUUUAUGGAGUCACUCUUUAGCCCGCAAGAUAUUUGCGGAAAGAGUGCUGUCUACAAAGUCUUUCUCCUGCUGAACGAGUGUCCCACGAUAAGCUUGAAUGAGAGCUCCUUAAGGAAGCUGUACGAUAUCGUCCUCAUGGCGGUGAAGUAUCAGUUCUACACCUUGAGCCACCCUCUGGAGUUGUUAGAGAUGACUUUUAAUCACUUAAAUGAGGUCAAGCAGUUCAUACACCGUAGCGCCGAGCCGCACAUCGAACUCGUUGAGAAGCUCUUCGAAUCGCUAUGUCGCAAUCUUUGCGUCGGUCAGCUCGCAGAGAUUCGUCAGCGUUCACUUAACCUUUCCUUAGAUCGGCGGUUUCAGAUUUCGCUUUUCAUGGAGAACGACAUUCAGCUUCCAGGUGGAUGUUUCCGAAUCCCAAAGAGUCGAUUUAUUUCACCCGCUGUGAACACCGAGGCACCUGGUUUAAUCCGAAGCUUCACUAAGCACGAGCACAGUUUAGCAUCGCAGCAGCACUUUUACCAUCCUGACGCCAUUCUCCCGUUUCCAACGCACAUCACGGUGGGGCAGUGGAAUCCAUUGCAGCGGGCUACCCGGAUGACGAAGAACGGCCUUAACAUGUUCAGUGGGCACCUACGAGACCUCCUGUCGGCGCCCUGUGUGCAUGGCGGCGAGCUCUCCGCCUCGACGGCGGCCCGCGCCGCGCUGCCGAAGACGGACGCCGACGACGCGCGGUUGAGGGCGUACUCAAACGAGGUGAAUACCCUCGCGACGAUGCUGCGUGGGGCGCGUGGUCCCUCUAGGGCGGCAGGGGCGCACGGGCAAUUUCAGCUGAGCCUCUUUGACGACGACAGCGAGGAGGAGAAUGCGGGGGAAGGGGAGACGAGGGGUCGGGGGGAGCCCCUCCCCCCUGCCGCUCCACCAAGGGAGACGACGUUCCCUCAUGUUGUGGAGAGCGGCCGACGCCCCGUGGAGCGCAGCAUCGCCCCUACCGCAGUCCGGCGGGAGAAUCAGCAGCUUUUGGACAUCAUUGGCAGCCUCAACGACGUCAAACCACACCAAAAACGCGAUACGGCGAUGGACAAGGGUGCCGCAAAUGAUUUUUUGGAUAUCAUGGAUGACGUAUAG